AUGAUUAUCAACGAUGCCGAAAUUGAAGAUGAUCUGAAGCAACAUGGAUAUCAAGUUGUUAGACUUAUAGCUAGCAGCUCCGUGGCCAAGCAUUUUGAAGUCUCAAACGCUAAAGGAUUCACAUUUGAUGUUAAAGUAUACAACCAUGCUGCAGCUUCCAACAUCAUCGAUUAUUACAACAAUGAAAAGGAUAUCCUUGGAACUCUGAUUCAUCCCAAUAUAGUUGAAACAUUCGACUUUUUCCAAACUCAAAAUUAUUCAUAUCUUGUUUUUGAGCUUUGCAGAGAUCUAUCUUUAGAAUCUAUUGUUAGUUCUACAAGAAAAUGUUCGGAGAAAAACGUAUACGUUUACUUAUCACAGUUGAUUCAAGGAAUUGAAUAUCUUCACUCAAACAACAUUGUUCACAAUAACUUGAAUCCGUCAACAAUACAUUUUGAUCGCUUUGGACGAAUUAAAAUUGUAGAUUUUGAUUAUGCUUCUAUAAGUUACAAACAAAAUUCAGAUAGGUGCCCACAUUCUAGGUAUUCAUUUUCUCCAGAAACGUAUAGUGGUAAACCUUAUGAUCCACGUGCAUCAGAUGUUUGGAGUUUUGGAGCGAUCAGUUAUUAUCUCCUUUCUGGACAAUACCCAUGGUCAAAUAAUAGUGAAAUCUCUUAUUCAGAUUCUUUGGAAUCUUCCAUGAAAAAUUUAUACGGAAAAUACGACGAAAAACUAAUUCAAUUAAUUUUAGACUGUUUAUCCGAAGAUCCAUCAAAGAGACCCUUAGCAUCUGUAGCUAAUUCGUUUUUCAUGUACACCGAGAAGCAAUAUCCGAUUUCAAAGAAAUUUAUUAGAAAACAAAACUCUAACCAAUCAAUUUCAAAGAUCAAAAGGAAUUCUUCUAGUCCUCAGUUUAGAGCUUGCUCUUCUUUAUAUAAAUAA